UCGCGGUUCGCUCGUCACUGUACACAUCGUCGUUUCAUUCACCGUACGAGGAUUCCGGUUCCGAGGCCUCGUUUCUAUCCGACGCGAUCGAUUUCUACCGAAACAUCUUCCUACGAGGCACCAUAUUCGCGAGCUAGUCCAGCCAGUGUAACGAUCCGAGCGACGAAACGAUCCGAAACGCUCGCGUAAAUAUUCCUUUAGCCGCGACGAUACGUUUAAAGCUAGAAUUCCCGGCCUUAAAUCAGAGGCAUCCACGUUUAUAAAUAACGCGUCGAAACAGUGUGGAACAUGUGCGCGAACAUACGAGCUAUCGAACACGUGUUGCUCAGAGGGAACUGGUAGAAUAGCGAAAAUUAUGCACUAUGAGAUCGGCGAGUCGUUGCUAAAGUUAUUCGAGGAAAUGGACGGAUAGGAAAGAUGGUGAGAGAAAAGCCAAGACGUCGAAGCGUGAGCGAAAUGCUCGACUGGCGAUGCGUCGUCAGGAAUAAAGGAAACGCCAGCAUGGACGACACGUGCAUGAACGUGCCCUUUCUUGAGGACUACGACAAGGACCCGGAAAUGCGUCGCCGGAAACGUUCCGGUACUUGGCCGAGAACGAGAAGUCUGAAUGCACCUAGUCCGAUCCAACAAUUUGGACCAUGCGGGCGUAUCAUGAAGAAUUCCGCGAUGGUCAUGACCAUACAGGAUCCAGCCUCUCAGAGGUUGACGUGGUACAAGCCACCACUCACAGUUCUGGUCAUCAAGAAGGUCCGUGAUUCCUCGGUAUUGCCACCGUUUGUUCAGUUAGUCACGUGGUUAAUAGAAGAAAAACGCAUGGUAGUAUUCGUCGAGGCGUCUGUCUUGGAAGAUCCAGCCUUAGCUAGGGACCCCAGAUUUCAGGAGGUUCGAGAUAGGUUGCAGACUUUCAGAGAUGGCACGGAUGAUCUCCAGGAUCGUAUCGACUUUAUCGUCUGCCUGGGUGGCGAUGGAACUCUCCUCUACGCGAGUUUGCUGUUCCAGCAAUCGGUACCGCCAGUGAUGGCGUUCCAUCUUGGUUCCUUAGGGUUCCUCACGCCCUUCGAGUUCGAUAAUUUCCAGGAACAAGUGACGAACGUGUUAGAAGGUCACGCAGCCUUGACCCUGAGGAGCCGUCUGAGAUGUAUCAUCAUGCGGAAAGGAGAGGAGAACAUGGAGGCGAAGCCGCCGACAAAUUUGUUGGUGCUGAACGAGGUCGUGGUGGAUCGAGGGCCGUCUCCGUACCUUUCGAACAUCGACCUCUUCAUCGACGGCAAACACGUGACCAGUGUGCAGGGUGACGGUCUGAUCGUGAGCACGCCAACCGGGUCGACAGCUUAUGCUGUCGCUGCCGGAGCCAGCAUGAUUCAUCCUUCGGUACCUGCGAUCAUGAUUACGCCGAUCUGCCCUCACUCUUUGUCCUUCAGGCCGAUCGUCGUACCCGCCGGCGUCGAGCUGAAGAUCUCCGUAUCACCGGACAGCAGGAACACCUCCUGGGUGUCCUUCGAUGGUAGAAACAGGCAGGAACUCUUCCACGGUGACAGCCUAAGGGUGACCACGUCGAUUUACCCAGUGCCCAGCAUCUGUGCCGCUGACCAAAUCACCGACUGGUUCGAUUCACUGGCAGAGUGUUUGCACUGGAAUGUCCGGAAGAAGCAGAAACAUCUGGACGAACUGAGCGACUUGACGCAUUCGUCUAGCAAUGAUACCCUGGACUCCCUUGAUCGUGAUAGCUAGGCUAAGGGGAAGAGUCACGGUAGACUGUAUCGAAACAAUCAUUUUCAGACCAAGUUUUAAGGAAUCACCGUGUUCGAUGAUUUGUCUACGAGGUCUGGUCACGAAAAAUAUCAAUGACUCAUUGUACACGAUGCACGAAAAUGGCAAGCCUGACUUGUGUUCGCUUCGUCGUGAGAAUAGAAGAGAAUGAACUCAUCUAGUAGUCGUUGGAAGAACUGAGAAAUUGUAUGCGCCCUCAUGGUACCAUUAGUGAUGUUCAGAUCCACGAUACAGCAGGACUCGAAGCUCACCCUUCAGCUAACAAUAAUUCGAUACGUGUUCAAAAUUAAUCGAAGAGCCACAUUGUAAAAUUUGCUACUUAAUACGAACAAUUGGUCGCCGUUACGAGAUGAAAAAUCACGAAGAGUUUGCAUGUAAUCAGUGCUUCGAAAAGCACAACUGAAGUAUUUUCUGUGUCCAACGCAUAAUUCUACGCUCUACAACGAUGUUUCACUCUGAUUCGCCAAAUCAUUUCUAAACUGGCCUUUGUCGUUUUCAUUUCUUCUUUCUUUCCUUCUUUUUUCAUUAGAUUCUUUUAAUCGGUUGUAUAUAAGAUUAAGAAAUGAAAACACAGGAAGAUAAUAUAAAAGAGAUACUAAUAAGUGGGCGUAAUUGAAUUGUUAACAGAAAAAGCAGAGUGAGUUAUGAAUAUUUAUUCCUACUUAAGGAACAAUCAGUUAAUCAAUAUUGAAAAAAAAAGGGAAAUUAUUAAAAGAACAUUUCACGUCACAUGUUCAUGCUUAUUUAUUACACACUCGUGUUUCUUGAUGCAUUUCAAGCUUUGGAUCUAUGUGAACUGAUGUUUCCUAUACGGAUACAUAUUUCAAUCAAUUUAUCAAAGUGAUUUUGUUAAAAGCAACGAAGAGAGCACACGAACGCGAAUCAAUCAUAGAAAAUGUCGUUGUCUGUCAUUUUUUCUGCUUUCUGACAACGAAAAUGAUCCAGUUAAGGAUCAUCCUUUUGUAAAUAUUGGAUGUAUUUUU